AUGGUUACCUUCUCAGCAAAGAAGACCCAAAAAGUUAUCCAGCAUGCACUGAAAACUGAAAGAGCCUCAGUUCAACAUAUCUUGACCUGCCCUAACCUAUCAGAACUAAGAAGAAGACUCAAGAUCCCCAACAAUACUCUCCUCUUACUUAACCAAGAAAAUCACUUUGCAAAAAUCAAAGAAAUGUUAUCUAUAUUGAAUCUUAAAUUCGCUGAGGACCUGAGUUGUCAGGGCGACUUGAAAUAA